AUGAUAUUCAGCAUGUGCGGCCUGAUGAUGCGGCUGAAAUGGUGCGCUUGGGUGGCCUUGUACUGUUCGUGCAUCAGCUUCGCCAAUUCCAGGAUCACCGAUGACACCAAACAGAUUCUGAGCUCGUUCAUGCUGUCGAUUUCCGCCAUAGUGAUGUCGUAUUUGCAGAACCCCCAGCCGAUGACGCCCCCAUGGGCAUCGGCCAUCAACUGA